AUGAGGAAUUACUUUGUCGGCUUAUCCCUAAUCCUGUUAAUCUCGACAUGCCAAAGUUACAUCCCCCAAUGGGGGGAAAAUCAAAGUGUAAGUGUGCCCAUGCGAUGCAGACAACGUGGACGCGUAGGCAUCCCCCAACGUGCUGUCCGAAGUUACAUGAAAAGGCUCAGAAACGCCUCAGUUGAAAUUGACAUAGAAAACAGGAAAGAUUUAUCGAAACUAGAAAUUAUUAAAAUGUUCUUAAAGGGAGUGAAGGACUGUAAAAAUGUAGAACGAUUAAGAGAGAAAGCCAAGGGACACGUGCCCCCAAGCACAAAGCGAAAACUCAUGAAGCAAAAACGAAUGGCCAACCUGCGAGCUCACGUUAAAAACUGCAGAAUAAGGAAGCAGGAGGAAGUUCCUCCGGAAAAAAACAUCCUCAAUUUCCCGAAAAAUCAGAUCAAAAAUAUAAAUGCCGCCGUAUUGUACUUCAGGCAUUAUUUCGAGAAAUACGAGGAAAAUACGAAUUGA